AUGGAAACAUUAGCUCCGGAAAACAUUAAAACACAUAUGGAAACAUUAGCUCCGCAGUACUUUCACAGCACUUACAGUGUCUUCAGAAAAGCUCAAGAUGAACUGGCAAUUGAUCAAAAUAAUUGUAUGGCUAACGUUGCUACGGUUGUCUUGAUAGAUCAAAUGAGGAAGGCGCUAAAUCUGGUAGGGACAGAUUGUCUGCAACGCAAUGAUGCAGUUAGUGGAAAUGAGGUAGCAGUGGCUUGUUAUAGCAAUGCAUAG